AUGUCUCGACGAGACCGAGACCGAGAUCGCGACCGCGACCGCGACCGCGGCAGGGAGCGUUACGAGCGCGAUUUCAACACCAGACGAUACCGCUCCGGCUUCGACAGGGAACCCAGUCCCAAGAGGUCUAGGAGGGACGAGAAGCUAGAGACAGAGAAAGUGUUUAGCGAACCUAAUCCUGAAAGUGGAGAUUUGACGCAUCAUUCUGAAAGCGGUCAUGUCAAGACGCAAGAUGCAGAAGUACCUCUUGUUUCUGAACCAGGCCCUGAUUCUAAGUUGGAAUCUGCUGAUGAUAAGAAAGAACUUGAAAAGAAACCCAAUGAGCAGCAUCAUGCAGAUGUUACCCCAAGUACCAAUUCAAAGGAAGUGCCUCGAUCUCGAACUUAUUUCCAGCAGGAUGACCGACGUAAUGCUGGGCAAGCUGGCCGAGGCGUUGUUCGUAGAUCCUCCACUGAGCAAGAACGGAGAGAUCCGAAGGACGACAAAAAUGAAAGGGACACAAACAGGUCAACAACUAAUGAUCGAGACCGGAAAUCAGGAGGUGCCAAGGAUGACGACAACACCUCCUUGCACCAUGAUCGUCUCUUUAAAAUGGAGGAUGAGGCACGCCCAGCUCAUAUGAGAAGACAACGACCUGCAUUUAGGGAGAAGAAGACACCAGCUGGCUCCGACAAUCUAGCAGUGGUUCCCAUGCACUCAAGCCAGAUAGAUCGUCGUCCUGUGUCAGGUUUGGAGAAAAGGGACCGCCAUGUAGUCGACAGAUCAGAGAGGGCAGUAGCUGGAGGACAUAGGAGGGGUCUCCCUCUGUCGAGAGACCGGCCUGGUGGUUUUAGAAUCAACAAUUACAACAAGGGAAGAGAGCAGUUCAAUGCAAGACAAAGCAGCCAUCCGAAUCAGGGUAGUGGAACACGCGUGGAGAAAUGGAAGCAUGAUCUUUUCGACGAGGCUGCUUCUAAAAGCCCUACCUCAAAGAACGACGACGAACAUAUUGCAAGAGUGGAAGAACUGUUAGCUUCAUAG